UCUCGCGACUGCACUCGAUUGAUCGAGCCUGAGCCAACAUGGCAGCGCCCAUGUAGCACAGUCCAUACCGCGAAGGCGACGGAGGGCCGCGGCGCGGGUCCCGCGAGGGUCAGAAGUCACCAUGCUGAGGGUGGCGUGGAGGGCGCUGAGUUCGAUUAGUACCCAGGCAGUGACCCAGGCCCCAGUCCUCGGGCUUCCGGGCGGAGGGUGCGCCAGGUUUCCCUAUGUCCAGCGGGCCCUUCCCUCACGUCCUGCAGGUCUCAUUCUCCGGGCCGCCCGUGGAUAUGCCGCCCAAAAACCAGUCCAGCCCAACCAAGAUGACCCGCCUCCUUCCAUGCUGCUCCUGGACUACCAGAACGUGCCUGGAAUUCAUAAGGUUGAUGAUGUUGUGAAAAGACUCUUAUCUUUGGAAAUGGCCAACCAGAAGGAGAAGCUAAAAAUCAAGAAGAUGCAGUUGAUGAACAAGGUCCUGGAAAACCCUGAGGACACUAGCUCCCUGGAGGCUCGAAUUGUUGCCUUGACUGUCAAGAUCCGCAAUUAUGAAGAACACAUGCAGAAACAUCGAAAGGACAAAGCCCACAAACGCUUUCUGCUAAUGAGCAUUGACCAAAGGAAAAAGUUGCUCAAAAACCUCCGCGAGACCAACUAUGCCGUCUUUGAGAAGAUAUGCAAGGAGCUAGGGAUUGAGUACACCUUUCCCCCUCCGUACCACCGAAAAGCCCACCGCCGCUGGGUGACCAAGAAGGCUCUGUGCAUCCAGGUUUUCCAAGAGGUUCAAAAGCUAAAGAAGCAAAAAAGAGCCUUAAGAGCUGCAGCUGUAGCAGCCCGCAAACAAGGCCAGAAGAAUCCAGAGAGCCCUUCCAAAGCUGGACCAGAGGCAAUCAAAGGAAACCAAUAAAUGUUGUUAAAGUUC